UAUCAUGAAACCUGCUGGUGAGUCCGAAAGGAGGAGCGACGAGGCUAAAUACAGAGGAGUUCGCAAGAGGAAAUGGGGGAAAUGGGUGUCCGAGAUCAGGCUGCCCAACAGCCGCGAUAGGAUCUGGUUAGGCUCCUACGAUUCACCCGAAAAGGCUGCUCGUGCUUUCGAUGCUGCUCUCUACUGCCUCAGAGGCAACACCGCCAAUUUCAACUUCCCCGAUCAGCCUCCCAACAUUCCUGGUGGCAGAGACCUUCACCCGUCCGAGAUACAAGCCGUAGCUGCGCACUUUGCAAACUCCUACCCAUCUGGGUCAGGGUCAGCAUCAGCAUCCGCAUCCGCAUCCGCAUCAGCAGCAUCGUCGUCAUCUCAUGUGUUGCAAGAUUCCACCUCCAUGGAUUUUAUGUCAUCACAAUCCUCAUUUCUCAUGGAGGAUCAUAAUAAUAAUAUCCCAGAUUUUGGGAUUUUUCCAGGGUUUGACGAUUAUUUCAUGCCCAUUGAGCAGCAGCCGUUAACGGUUGAUUACGGAUCAGAAGAGGUGGUUUAUGACGGAGUUUACUCACACGAUCCAUCCUUCCUAUGGAACUUUUAGUAAUUAAUAUACAUACAUAUAUAGUUAAGUUGUAAUGUAAUAGGAAUACUUGAAGGGAAUUUUUUAGGUGAUGAAGUUGCGCAUAUGUAUAUGUAUGCAUGGAGAUAUAUGGAGCAUGUAUGUAUGUAUGCCUCCGUUCUCUUUUUUAGCUUCUGCCCACCAUCUUUUUUAUUCCCUCCAUCUUAAUUCGAUCAUUUCUUGUAUUCCAGCA